AUGUCAAAGAAGAAUAUUGUUUUAAAAAGCUCAAAUGGCAUGAUCUUUGAGGUUGAAGAAGCGGUAGCCCUACAGCCGAAGACCAUAGCCUACAUGAUUGAAGAUGACUGCACCACUGACACAAUCCCUCUGGCCAAUGUCACAGGCGAUAUCCUCGCUUUGGUGAUCGAGUUGUCAUCGCUAAUUGUGAUGGUGGUGGUUCGUCUUCUUCCUCCCAAGAGGAUCUCAAGAACUGGGAUGCUCAGAUUAUGA